GUUAAAAGAUUUAUUAAGAAAUGCACCCAUUUUAACUCUGACGGACUACGAAAAGAAUUUCUAUCGGACGCCAAUGACACGGGUCUUGGGGCAGUGCUGUUGCAGGAAGUGGACUAUGUUCUCGUGCCAAUGGCCUACGCGCGCAGAAGGCUCAAAGACUCAGAAAGUCAUUAUGUUGUAAUAGAGCGAGAAGCAUUAGUUAUCAUCUAAACUAUUAAAAAGUUCUGGUGUUAUUCUGUAUGCAGAUUGAUCAACAACCAUUAACAUACAUCAGGCGCUUGAAAAACAGUAGUGGUCUUAAGCGUUGGUCACUCGCUCCCCACUCAAAACAAAGGCAAUGCUGGUGCAGACACACUUGGACGACGUUCAGUAUGACACUGAUUGUAUACAUCUCCUGGAAAUCGCGCCGCCGCCGACGGAGAUGGCCGUGUUGUGCGCUCAGGCCGCGUCCAUCGGCGAGAUGCCGAAGUGGCAUCGGUGGCUGGUAUUCCUGGUGGGGAUUUUCGAGACGAUGGUCUGGUCGGGCACGGUCUUCGGGUGGGCGUCCCUGGUCCACGUGCUGAAGACCAUGGGCGUGUACAGCCACUUGUGCAAGGAGUCUCUGCACCAAGUUUAUUCCCUGUCCAACAACGCCACGCAGGAGGUCGAUGGCGCUAUGCUGCUGCUUACUGACUCGACGCAAUUGGCAUGCAGUAGCCAGGACCAGCAAUUCGCCCUCAUAUACACCGUCGCGUGCGUGUUGUAUUCCAUUCCGGGCAUCCUCCUUGGCUACUGCCUCCACCACUUCGGUCUCGCCGUCACCCGCGUCCUCGGGGGUCUGCUGAUCUCCUCGGGCUUCAUCCUCCUGGCGCUCACCACAGCGGAUUCUCCGUCGUACCUGUGGGGCGCCGCCAUUUUCCUCUCCGUUGGGGGAAACAUCAUCCGAAUGGCUGGACUCCAGCUCGGGAACCUAUUUCCCGAACGCCGCAACACUGCCAUAGCUAUCAUCAGCGGGAUGUUCACGCCCUCUGCCGGGAUGUUUAUCAUCUUACAGUAUGCUCGCGAGGCCGGAUUGCCUUGGGCGAACAUCUGUGCAGGAUUUGCUGCUGUUGCUUCCUUAAUCCUUCUUCUCACGCCCUUGAUGCCCCGACACCAUGUGCCUUACACUGACGAAGUAGAGACGCAAGACGAAGUGAAGGACGAGAAAGUCAUCUUGAAGCCGGUGCGGGAGAGCAUCUUCUCGUGGUCCAACCUCUUCCACACUUACUGGGUCUUUUCCAACAUGUUCUGCGUCGUGUUGUUCAGCACUUAUUUCAACUCGUGGAUUAACAAGUUCUCGGAGACUACGGAUGAAGCGGCACACUAUUCUCUCAUGUACGGGUAUGCCAAUAUUCUGUGCUUCUUCAUCUCACCUCUGCCUGGCCUCCUGGUCGAUACCAUUGCUGGCAAGUUCCAAAAAGGAAAAACCGGUUUACAGAAGCACAUCGCCUCCGUCCAAGCCACAAUAAUACCCAUGAUCUUGGUAACGCUAACUGUUACCGUCCAGCUGGGUAGCCUUAUGUUCCAGGGAUCAGCGGCUGUGUAUAUAGGUCUCAUGUGCUUAACUAUCAACAGACCUUCUUGCCUGGCUGUCGGCAACCCGCUAAUCAGGAUAAGAUUUCCAGUAGAGCACUUCAACCGCGUGAUCGGGUUCCAGGGCACGGCGGUCGCUCUCCUGACGCUGCUGCAGUACCCGCACUUCACCUGGGCGCAGUACCAACCCUACAUUGCUCUCGCCGUGACGCUGGCCGCCCUCUUCCUGAACCUGCUGCACCCUCUGCACCUCUGCAGCAAGACCUACCUGUCGAGGGUUUUGUCCUUCGACCAAUCUCAUUCUCAGGAAAAGCCAACCAAAGUCUGAGUGGUAUCCUGGUGCACUUGUUAUGUUAAAAGUCUUAGAGUAUAUAUUUAAUAUAGAAAACAAAUUAUAUUUUAUGUCGCGAAAAA